AAAAAACCGAAAAAAGAAAGUCGCGGGUAAUUUCACCAAUGCCGAAGACUUAAAAAACCGUUUCUUUGCCGAAAUUGAAGAACGCCGAAAAGCUGAAGAUUGUAAUAACUUGGCUACUUUCUUUAAUGCUGCGGCUAGUGUAGCCGAUGAUGUGGGCGAAAUUAAAUUAUCGGCUAACGAAGCCAUAUUUAAUCAAAAAAAACAAGCCUUAAUUAGUAAAGUUCAAGAACUUAUUAAUCAGUGUCAAACUUCUAGCAAUACUUUUUCUAAGAAAUUACAGAGACAGCUAGGAGAAGUUCAGAAACUAGAACCAAAACAUCAAAAAGAAUUACUGCAAUUGGAGCAAGAAGCCAAAGAAUUAGAAAGUGCUUAUAACGAGAAUGUGAAAAAGGCUAAUGACCCUAAUACUAGUCCCGAGGAUAAAACUAAGUUUUUAUUGCUGGCUAGUCAGAUAUCGGAAAAAGCCAAAAGAUUAAAACAAAGAAUUUCCCAAAACCCUUUGGCUGAUUUAAGCCGAUUUAGUAAUUUAGAUGAUUUAAAGACCCUUAUUGAUGGUAAGAUUCCGAGAAAUCCUGGUUCCAGUAAACCAAAAGGGAAUCCAAAAACAGGUAAUAGCGGAGGAGGAAGCACUCCAAUUCCUAAUCCUUUGGAAGACCCCGAAAGUUUUUUUGAGCAAUACAAAACUCAAAUAUUUAUCGCAAUGGCUCUAAUCGGAAUAAUCUUUUUCCUUUAUAGCCAAAAAGAUACCGAAGAGGAUGAAGACACUAAGGAAGACAAGAAAUUCAUGCGGCAAAUGAUGCUAAUGAAAGCCAUGAAUAGCAGUAAUAAAGUCAAUGAGGAGUAA